GCCUAAUAGUUGACACGACGAAUCUGAUGCGCUUGCACAAAGGCCCUCAGGCAGGUAACUCUCUUACUACUACUGGUUCACGCUGCCGGAACAGUCGUUGCGGCAGUCAAUUUCGCUCAGUGUCUGAACGAUAUCGUUCAGAAUGCAAAUGCUACCGACGACUUAAAUGGUUUACUCGAUGGUAACGGAGAUCCCAUAUCAAAUAUCUCUGAUGCAACAUCGAUCAGCUACUCAAUGUGUACAUCCCAGUGCGGGACUGGGCAAGAAGCUUUCCAGUGGUCUGAAUUUUCGCAAGAAUUCAGCGCGUGGUUGCUGCCAAAUCUUGCACUGAUUUCGCAGCUCCCCUUUGGGGCACAGUACAGGCUUGAUAACCUCAUGUCUGCUGUGUUGACCGUUGGAUCACCGACACUCGCCGGUUACUCUUUAUUCAUCACCCUCCUCAACUCUCGGUGGAUCACCCGCCGGUUUGACUUGCUGAAUGAUCAUCCUAAUUCACGCUUCGCGCUCUCUAUCUUGAGCAGCCUUCAACAAGUCCCUCUCAGACUGCAUCCUGAUCGCGAACGCUUACCCUCUCUCAUCCUUCCGGAAACCGAGUGGUGGAAAUGUCUCGCUGAAUUUGUGGACUACACCCACACGUGGUCAAUCGCGUCCGCAACCUCCAUCGCAUGGGUCAUUGUCGCCUAUAUCCUGACAGUUGCCAACUCACUAUCGAACGUUUAUUCAAACGUUCAAUCUAACGGAGAGGCCACUGGCUCAAUGUGGCUGUGGUUGAUUCCGAUAGUCGUCGGAUGGCUGCAACUCUCCCCAAAAUGCGACUUCGAUCGCUUACAAGCCGCGUAUGACCGUGCAGACAGACACAGUAUGCACAUAGGAACAAAAGACAUUCGUCAUGGUGCUGGAGCGCUUCCUGCGUCAUCCCGGCGAGCGUUGGCAAUAACUGCCAAAGAGAAUGAUGUGAUGUCACCAGAUGAACUCUUCACCCCUCCGGUGUUCAAUUACUCGCGUUCGCUGCGAUGGGCAUCUACAGCAGAGACCGUCUUCACGGUGUUCAAAGAAGACUCAGAGGCAUCAGAAAAGGUUCAUAGCCAUCCUCCUGUUUGUGGGAGUGAUGGGGACGAAUCUGGUACUAACGACCCUACCGACCACAUCGAGACCGUCCAGUACAUCGACACUAAGCAAGACAAUUACGACAAAAAAGACCGACGCGGGUCCCUCCAAUACUCCGUUAUGUACUGCGCAGAACCCGACGGGGUGCAGAGUCAAUGCAGCCAUUGGGCACCUGGUGUGUUCACAAGAAUGCUCAUCGCUUCCUGCGUUUCGCUUGCAUUACAAUGGGGGACAGUCGGAGCAGCAUUUGUGGUGGCGUGGUUCACUCCUACAACAAAAAUCGGGUGUCGAUCUUUGGGUUAUCUCCUUUACGGAGCCAUUUCGACAUUAGUUUGGAUGAUGCUCCUGAUAUCCAGUAUUCUCGCCCACUCUGCCGCCGCUGACCCUCGCCGAGCAUCGCUAUCUACACGUGUUACUUUGGCGUUUUCGCACAUUCUGCGGUGGACGGGCAAAUUGUUUGCCAUAUUAAACUUUUUUUUGGCGAUCAUGGCGUGCGUAUUCCAGUACUCCAACUUCUACGAUAGGUGUUUCUGCAAUUCCAGCGUGUUUAGCAGGGGAGGAGCAGCGUAUGAUGUGGUUAUCGAAACCGCAGCUCAAGCUGCACAGGCUAAGGCUGCCUGGAUCGGUGCGCUUGUCUUAGCGUGUACAUCCGCAUCAGCUUUCCUUGGUAUCCUGAACCUUUUGUUGGACACUCUACCAUCGUAGGCAAUUGGGAGGAGUAGCUUAUGUUGUAAGACUAUUUGUAGUAGUACUUUGUUCGAACAGGUAACUCGACUUUG